GGGGUUAUCACAGUGAUUGUCUUUGAUUUUUUGCUCGAAACCAACUGGAUCUUCUACUGAGUUGUCCUGUUUAAGAGAUGGGAUCUGUGCUUAGCUUGCUUAGAAUUUAACAAGUCGGAAUUCGUUUUUCAUAUACUGUUUGUUAUCCAUCUUAUUUUCAGGUACAUCAUGAGGAAGGAGGUUGAUGAUCGCAUUAGGAAGUUGAUUGAAAAUGGAGUAAAGACAAGGAAUCGGUCCAUAUUCGUCAUUGUUGGAGAUAAAUCACAGGAUCAGGUUGUCAAUCUCCACUGCGUGUUGAGUGAGGUGGUCAAUAAAUCUCGCCCUACCAUCUUAUGGUGUUACAAGGAACUCGAACCAAUCAGCGAGAUUGAGAAGAUAAUGCAAAGGGGUCUUCUAGAUCCUGAAAAGGUUGAUGCAUUUUCACUUUUCCUUGAAAGUGGGGCCAUAUCUUACUGCUUGUACGCAGAAUCUGAUAGAAUCCUUGGAAAAACAUAUGGCAUGUGCAUCGUACAGGACUUAGAGGAUUUGACACCUAAUAUCCUUGCAAGAACCAUUGAGACAGUGGAAGGUGGUGGUUUGGUGGUGUUGCUUCUUGGUUCGCUUGAUUCUCAAAGAAGUCUAUGUACCAUGGUUAGGGAUGUUCAUGAAAGGUAUAGAACAGAAACAUAUUAUUCUCGUUUCAAUGAACGGCUUUUGCUCUCUCUUGCAUUAUGCAAAGCAUGCCUGUUUAUGGAUGAUGAGCUUAACAUUCUACCAAUCUCAUCACAUAUGAAGUUGACAACUGUAUCUUCCAUUAUCGAGGACCAGGAGUCUCUCCCGGGAGCAGAGCAAGACUUAUUGAGUUUAAAGGAGCAGCUUCUUGAUGUUUUCCCUGUUGGUCCAUUGGUUGGGAUGUGUACAACAUUUGAUCAGGGUAAAGCAGUUUCUACAUUCCUGGAUGCUAUCUUGGACGAGAAAGUUCAGAGUACUACUGCACUUACUGCAGCACGUGGGCGAGGGAAAUCAGCGGCUCUUGGUUUAGGAAUUGCAGGAGCUAUUGCUGCUGGGUACUCAAAUAUCUUUGUAACUGCUCCUACACCGGAAAAUUUGAAGUCCCUAUUUGAGUUCAUUUGUCGGGGAUUGCAGGAGCUGGAAUACGAGGAGCAUAUUCAUUAUAAACGCAGAAGUAGCAAUCCUAAGUGUGGCAAAGCAGUAACACAGAUAGAUAUAUUCAAGAACCAUAGACAAAGAGUUCAGUAUAUAGAGCCCCGCGACCAUUUAGAACUCCACCACGUUGAGCUUUUGGUUAUUGAUGAAGCAGCUACCAUUCCCCUACCACUAGUGCAGUCCUUGCUUGGGCCUUAUAUGGUUUUUCUGUCAUCAACAGUGAAUGGAUACGAAGGCCCUGGUCAUUCUUUGACUCUGAAGCUUCUUAGUCAUUUGGAAAAGGGGAGCCACAUUUCUGGCUCUAACGAGAUUCAAAAUGGGAGUUUUCGGAAAUUGGAACUUCAGGAGUCCAUCAGAUAUUCUUGUGGAGAUCCUGUAGAGUCUUGGCUCAACAGUUUACUUUGCUUGGAUAUUACCAAUUCGGCCCCUCCAAUCAGCAGGUUUCCUCAUCCCAGUGAAUGCAAUUUGUAUUAUGUUGAAAGAGAUACUCUGUUCUCCUUCCACAAAAAAAGUGAAGCAUUACUGCAGCGGAUGGUUGCUGUUUAUGUUACAUCUCAAUACAAAAAUUCUCCAAAUGACUUACAAUUGAUGGCUGAUGCUCCAGCACACCACCUAUUUGUGUUACUGGGUCCGGUUGAUGAAUCUGAAAACAUUCUACCAGAUAUCCUUUGUGUAAUUCAAGUCUGCCUGGAGGGACAGAGUUCUCGGGAUUCUGCACUGCAUUGUCAACCUGCUGGGGAUCUACUUAAAUGCAAAAUUAGUGAAGAGUUUAUGGACACUGAUUUCCUCUCCCUCUCUGGUGCACGUAUUGUAAGAAUAGCCGUGCACCCAUAUGCAUUGGGGCAUGGAUUUGGCUCGGCUGCUUUGGACCAACUCACAAGGUAUUAUGAAGGCCAGUUAACUGAUAUUACUGAAUUAGACAUUAAGAAAGCCGAUGGUGUAAAUGUACAGGUCAAUGCGGGAGAAGCUGCCAAAGAGUUUUCAUUGCCAGAGGAAACAAUAACUUCAAGGAAGAAUCUACCCCCUCUGUUUGUUGAUCUUCGUGAACGUUUACCUGAAAGGAUACAUUACAUUGGUGCUUCUUUCGGGCUUGGUGCUGAUCUAUUCCGGUUCUGGAAGAAACUGAAGUUUAAUCCUUUCUACAUCUGUUACCAUCCAGAUAUUGUGACUGGAGAGCACAGCUGCAUUGUCCUUAAGCCAUUAAACACUGCCGACAUUGAAAACACUGGAAAUGGCCUAGUGGGUUUACUUACUUCAUUUUAUCAGGAUUUCAAAUGGCGGUUUGUGGGACUUUUGCCCAUGUACUUUCGGGAGUUAGAUAACAAGCUUGCCAUGAGCAUAUUGGAUCCAAAAAUUAACUUCUCUGAAGGUGAUCCUUCAAUAUCAUCAGAAGAAUGUAAAAUGGUGGUGAAGUCUUGGAUUUCUUCAGAUGAUUUGAAGCUGCUGGAAGCUUACACCAGUCAUCGUAAAGAUUAUAAAGUGGUCAUCCAUCUGCUUCCAGUCCUUGCUAGGCUCUAUUUUGUGGAGAAGCUUCCAGUGACCUUAUCACACCUCGAAGCUUUUGUUUUAAUGUGCAUGGGCUUGCAGCUGCAGGAUAUUGCAUGUAUUGAGGGAAGGAUGAACAUAGAAAAGGAGCAAAUAUUGUCUUUGUUCAGGGAAGUUAUGACGAAGAUCUACAGAUAUUUGUAUGAUAUUCUAAAUUGAAGAAUUUGAGCAAAGUUUACCUCAAGAAAGGAUGAGUUUGAGGUGGUUGAUGACUGAGGGAGAGGCACAUGCAAGGAUCAAAUUCUGAAGAUGCUGGAAAUUAUCAUUUCUUGGUGUUCCUUAUUUGAUUUUGAAUUGGUGAACUUAGAACUUUGUUGUCUUUUUGUGGCCUUCAUAUACGUUGUGUUGCAUGUCUUUCGCGACCAUAUGUCUUUGCAGUUGCUUGAUAUGAUAUGUUGAUAUAAUUGAACUUGGGAAUUUCAUGGGCAAAGAUGCUUCCGAUACAA